AUGGAGAACGGGUGGGAGGAGGAGGAUGACAAGAACGAAAAGCUUCCUAUCAAGGGCCUCCCAGCCUCGUUCCCUGCUGUUCGACCCUCGCUCUUGUUCCACCUCGCUCUCCUCCUCAACGGCCUUGCCGUCGGGUUGCUCCCGGCUCUUUUCCUUGCCAUCGUGCCAGUGCCGCACGGGUGGGAGGAGCAAGGAGUCUUCUGGAAGGACAGCUUCUUCCUCGUUAUUGUCUCCCUGCUGGGGUUGGGGAUUUCGAUCAUCCUCACCCUCAUUCACGUGCCUGUCAAGUUUCUUGGGCUCGGAGCAAGUGGUGGUGGAGUCCUUGCUACCAUAUGUGGUGCGAGGAAGGAGGAGGGGUGGAGGAGCAUGUUGUGCCGGCUGUUGACGUGGACAAGAACUUUGUACCUGUCACCUGAGGACCCCAGCGACAUGGCGAAGCUCAUCACGCAAGUCAUUCAGACCGUCAACUUGCCUCCCAACGGCUUCACUUCCUCCUCCUUCGCUUCAUCUGACUCCCAGGCCAUGAUGAGCAAAACCUCCUCCUCGUUCUCGGGCAUGGACCUCUCCUCCAUCCAACGAGAUGUUGAGCUCAUGAAGUACAGGUUAGAAGGAACAGAAACGCUUGAGGGCCUGGCCCUCAAGUUUGGCUGUAAGGUUGAAGAGCUCAGGAGGUUGAAUGGAAUCCCAUCCAUCGCUACAGGAUGCCCCCUUGCCGCCUACAAGAAUCUUUGGGUCCCCCUGCGCUCGCCGGAGCUGAAGGAGGAGGCGAAGAAGAAGGAGGAGGCGGCGGCGAGAGAGGCAGGAGGAGAUCAAAUCGAUCUUGAGAUCACCAACUAG